AUGGCUGAGAUCAACGCGUCGGAAACGCGAUCCAUCUUGGAUCUCCCACCGGAGAUCCUUGAUCGGAUCGCGGGCCUUGUCCGGCGCGGCCCGGUCAGGGUUUGUCUCGCGGCGACUUGCCGCAGGUUCCAACUUGCGGUCGAGCCGCAGACAUUCCGGGAGCUGAGCAUCCGUAGCGAUGCUAUCGAUGAGACAGACCGUGCUGGUCUCCUCGAGGAGAUGCAGCGAAACGGGCAGCGCGGCCGUCCCGUCGUCUUCAUUGACGUGAUGACGCGGGAGCGGGUCGGCUACCUGAAGGCCCUCAGGCUGGACAUACUACUCUCCGAGUAUGUUCCAGCAAGGAGGCUGGUGUUCGAGUUUGCACUGGACCGCAAGCUGAACAGCCAGAUCUUCGCGUCGGCACUUGAAAGGCUGUUCAAGUGUUUGAAUCAGUUGACGGAGGGCGACGAGCAGGUCUGCCCGAAGAUGUCUUUCACUAUCAACGACAUCUGCUCGCCAUCAGAUAGCUAUACGGUGACCUGGAACAACGGGACCACGCAGGUCACUCACUGGAGGAGUGUUUUCAACACAAGACGGUACCGAUUCUCGUAUCUAGACAUCCCUAUCAUCGAUCCAAAGGUCAUCGCACCGCCUCCAUGCAUCAGUCGCUUAACAGUGCAUACUGGGCAUCGGAACGUCGGCCCAGGCACCAUGAUCAGGUUGGUCGGAGCUUUUGAGAAUCUCAAGAUGAUAGAUCUUGUUCUUCCAGAUGACGAGCGCCACUACAUCGCGUUGCGUCGAUGGAACCGGAUUCAUCUCGCUCAAGACCUAUUCGACGAUACCAUGAGCCGUCACGCAAAAGUCGCAAUCGAAUUGAAGCACGAUUCUCCGAAGGAUCAAGCAUGGAUUGGCCCCGAUCUCGUUAGCCCUUGGGAAUGGGAUCCGGUCUGUGGUGGCCUCCGGCAUUUCACCGACCAGGUGGCUGAAUUCAGCUACACUGGUUUGGCCGACCCAUCCCUGCUCUGGCCGAUGGGACAAGUUGAUCCGACGCCAUUUUGGCAGAACUUGAGGCGUUUGAGCAUCUACUUCGACUGUCUGACCCCUCGGGGCAACUAUUACUUCAAUGGUCGUGGCAGACAUCGUGCCGAGAAUACUCCAAAGGAUUACCAUACAAAGUCGCCAUGGCUGACUUGGAGAGAGGUCCCUCCUGGCUACCAUCCCCAUGACUUUUCGGGGAUGAUAGCCAUGACCGCUGAGCAGAACGAGCGCCUUUUCGGUCAUCCAAACCCCACAGGCAACCGGCUUCGGUGGUUCGAUAUGAGCGGCCAUACCUUUGACGAGAACCAAGAGCAGGAGGUGACCGGUCGCGGAACGAAGAGGCAGUUUCGCGCCGAGCCAGACUGGGAGAUGCUCGAGCCUCUCGUGACGGCCUUUGCCAGAGCCUGCACCCAGAUGCCUGCGCUUGUCUAUGCUAAGAUGAAGACAAUCACUGCGCUUCGGGGUCACGGCAAUUGGGGCAUCAUCUACACCGCCCCGGGCGAGACAUGCCCGUUCGACCGUGAGAUGGAAUUGGUCGAAGACAUGGACUCGCGUCGUCUCUCGCGCCGUCUGCUAUACUGCAUUGGCUGCGUCAAGAAAGCUAGUGUGGGCAUGGCCGUGGCCAUGCGCGAGAGCCUGAGAGAGAUUGGAAAGGCUCAAUACGGCGGUGUGAUCCAAGAGGUGCUGGUCGACCCGGAUUGCAGUGCACACAAGGAUGUGACCGUUGGAGGUUCGGCCUCGGAUGAGAUUGUGUAUCACUUUGGUCCCCCGGAGGAAGACGAUGAGGGGCCUGGAGAAGAGACAGUGGAACCUGUGAUGGACGACCCCGAUGACUACGAUGUUCCCAAGGUAACUCAUGAGCGAUUGUGGCGACCUCAUUUCGGACCUCGAGUUUACUAG